ACUAGCCAUACAGCGACAAACGAAGAGGCCAAAUACGAAAAAAAUGCGAAAUAUUUGUUAAAAAAGAGCACUGAAGAGGCCAAUUGCAGCUUAAAGUGAUUAUAGAAGUGCAAGUUCCUUGUUCCAGUUGCCAAUGGUGUUGUUAUGGUCAACGGCAAGCCCCGCAGUUAGCCGUUAGGAAGAUGUGCGCAGCGAUUCAUUGCUGGUUGACAUAAGCGAAGGCAGGCUGCAAAACAGAUCCAAAAACAAUAGCUAACAGUCGGAACUGCAACACAAACUUGCAGCAGAAACAGCAGCCAGCCUCUGGAGCAGCAUUAUUGAAUAGCAAGAGCAACGAAGUGCGCUAGCAGCAGCUGCAGGUGAUGGCCGCCUCGUCGUCAGAUGCAUUGCAAACUAUCACUGUGGACUUCAGAGAAAUCGAUCUACGCGAGAAAGUCGGCCAUGGAUCGUACGGUGUUGUGUGUAAGGCCAUCUGGCGCAAUCAGUUGGUUGCCGUCAAGGAGUUCUUUGCCAGUGCCGAACAGAAGGACAUCGAGAAGGAGGUCAAACAGCUGUCGCGAGUCAAGCAUCCGAACAUCAUUGCGCUGCACGGCAUCUGCUUGGCCCAGCAGGCGACAUACCUGAUUAUGGAGUAUGCCGAGGGCGGAUCUCUGCACAAUUUCUUGCACGGCAAAGUGAAGCCCGCCUAUAGUCUGGCCCAUGCCAUGAGCUGGGCACGCCAAUGUGCAGAGGGUGUCGCAUACCUGCAUCAAAUGACGCCCAAGCCUCUCAUACAUCGUGAUCUGAAGCCACUUAACUUGCUGCUGACCAACAAGGGGCGCAAUUUGAAGAUCUGCGACUUUGGCACCGUGGCGGACAAGUCCACCAUGAUGACAAACAAUCGCGGCAGCGCUGCCUGGAUGGCGCCUGAGGUAUUUGAGGGCUCAACAUAUACGGAGAAGUGCGACAUCUUUAGCUGGGCAAUAGUGCUGUGGGAGAUGCUGUCGCGGAAGCAGCCCUUCAAGGAUAUUGACAAUGCCUACACCAUACAGUGGAAGAUCUACAAGGGCGAGCGACCACCUCUGCUGGACAAUUGCCCCAAGAACAUUGAGCAACUUAUGACAGACUGCUGGAAGACAGUGCCCGAUGAUCGGCCGUCAAUGACCUACAUUGUGGGCGUAAUGAAUGAGAUUAUCAAAGACUAUGUUGGCGCCGAUAAGCCGCUAGAGUAUGCGUUUGUCAACCAACAGAUUGUGACCAAAGAGAGUGACGGAACGGUGGCCGCUCAAUAUGAUAGCCAAAGCUAUAGCUCCAGUGAUAUGAGUCUGGCGUCCACACAGCUAACGCCCACCAAUGCACGCGGCACGGCGACUGAGAUCGAAACGGGUCUGGGCACUGGCUCCAGCAACAACGAAUAUACCUCAUCAGAAAUCACGCCCACCAACUCGGGCCAACUUGACAAUAAUGGACUGUUCCAUAUGAGCAGCAGCAAUCGCUGGGACGCCAUACCCGAGGAGGACAGCAGCGAGAGCCAAAACGAUAGUUUCAAUCUAACCUCAUCUGCCGAGGCAUCGAAGCGCUUGGAAACCAUACGCAAUGGCAUGAUACAGAUGGCCAGCAGGCCAAUGGAGCAACUUACGCUGGACGUUGAAGCGAAUGGUUUCGACUUGCAUCGCAGCGAGAGCAGCCGCAGCAGUUUGCAUGCCAAAAGCGAUGGCCGGGAACGCUUGACAGUGACGGACACGAAGCCGGUUAUCAUGACCAGCAGCAGCAGUAGCGGCGGCGGCGGCAACAACCCCACAGACCUCACAAACAACAACAAUAAUAAUCAUAAUCAUAAUCAUAAUCAUAAUCAUAACAAUAGCUCUAAUAACAAUGAAAUCUAUUCAUCCAAUGGACUGCUCAGCCACGCAGCCAAUGACAGCGUCGAUGCGAAUGCCGUUGCCGUUGCCGUUGCUGAUGUGGAUGCGGAUGUGGAUGGGGAUGCGGAUGAGGAUGGGGAUGGGGAUGGGGAUGCUGGCUGUGGCUGCACGGAGCAGUCGUUGGCCGAGAUUCUCGAUCCCGAGCUGCAGCCAGAGCCGCCCAUACCGAACAAUGCCGAGUCGCAGGCGAUCUAUAGGGAUCAUCGGCACAUGGCCAGGGAGUAUCUGCGCGUCGACACGAGCCUCUACUAUGCGCAGGACUUCAAGGACAAGCUCAUACUGCAAAUGGAUCGCAUCGAGCGGGAGCAGAAACAGGAGAUAUUACGCAAAAUGAAAGACAAGGAGAGCCUGCAGAGCCUCUACAACAAUCUGCAGCAGCAGUGGGAGAAGCUGCCUGGCAACCGACUCGCGCCCACUCAUCCGCGUCAGCCCCCGCCAGUCGUCAGCAGCAGCAGCAGCAUCAGCCAGGAGCUGCCCGGUGGCAUUGCCGCCGGCGAUGCCGUGGAUAACGAUGGCUGGGUCUUCAUAGCGCCGCAUCACAACACAUAGCUUUCGCGUGGAUUCAGUGCUGGGGAAUCCGUCUUAACCAAUAGCUGUACUGUACUUCCAACUGUAUUUGUUUUACAUUUAAAGCAAACAUUUUAAGCUGUAGUCGUAACGCGUAACUGUAAUUGUAAUCGUGCUUAAGUUUAGUCUUUUAACGUUCUCUUUUCUGUUAGAUCUGAUCUGUCUAUAUAUAUGUUCAUAUAUGUCUUGUAGACGCCUAAAUGUCUAAGUAUCUUUUAGCCAUGUUUCUUGUUUCUAGCAAUCUAAGAUUUUAUUGCUGCGCGCAUAUAAUUGUAUAUAGCUAUAUGUAUGUAUGUAUUUACUGUGACAG